AAUCUACCAAAAGGUACAAAUAGGAAAUCCGCAAUAAUGUGACAACUGAGAAUGGCAUCGUCUUCUAUACUACCAUUCCCAUUCACGCCGGUCACCGGAAAUACUAAACGCCGGCAGCAGCAGCUAAUUCACGCUUCCGCUGACCGCCAGGCUUUAUUCAACCGCAUUGCUCCUGUUUACGAUAACUUGAAUGAUGUGUUGAGUUUGGGACAACAUAGGAUAUGGAAACGAAUGGCAGUUGAUUGGAGUGGGGCGAAAGAAGGGAGUAAUGUGUUGGAUUUGUGUUGUGGAAGCGGGGAUUUGGCAUUUCUCUUGUCUCAAAAGGUUGGACUUAAGGGUCAGGUUAUUGGCCUUGACUUCUCAAGUGACCAACUAGCUGUAGCUUCUUCUCGACAGCAAUUACUCUCAAAAAUCUGCAACCGCAACCUUAAGUGGGUGGAGGGCGAUGCGCUUGAUUUGCCAUUUUCUGACUGUUAUUUCGAUGCACUUACCAUGGGCUAUGGGCUAAGGAAUGUAAUCGACAAACGUAAGGCAAUUAAUGAGGUGUAUCGAGUUUUGAAACCUGGGGCUAAAGCAUCAAUCCUUGACUUCAACAAAAGCAGUGACGAAUUUACGACAUCUAUUCAGGGCUGGAUGAUAGAUAAUAUAGUUGUGCCUGUAGCUGCUGCUUAUGGUCUUUCAGAUGAGUAUCGAUAUCUGAAGAGCUCAAUUCAAGAGUUUUUAACUGGUGAUGAGUUGGAGCAUCUUGCUUUGGAAGCAGGAUUUUCAAGUGCAAAACAUUUUGAAGUCGGUGGAGGACUCAUGGGCAACUUGGUUGCUACACGAUAAAUCAAGCUUGAAAAUAUGCCCUUACAACCAUUUCAACCAUAUGAGCUUCAAAAUGAUAAACCGUUUUUAUAUUACUUCAUGCAUUGAAAUUUAGUAUUUGAUAAGCUUUUUAUAUGCAUUUUCCCUUGUUUAAGAAAUGUACAAUAUAUAGCUCUGGAAUUGCAGGAAACCAUCUUACUCCUGAAA